AUGUCAGCAAGUUGCACAGUUAGAUUUGAGAUAUACCCAUUUGUUGAAUCCGGAAAUCUAUCAUCCUCACCCUCACCUUCCCCUGAGGCAUCAUCACCACCUUCGACAACAUCCCACACCAGUUCUCCGCCGGUAGCCCUCGGUCCUUCUGAGCCAACUUCUCAGGGGAAAUCAAACAGGCAUGCAUUUUCUCCUCAAUCCGAGUUACGUCAACAGGAACAAUGUUUUAUCUUCAUCUUGGAAGAACUUGCAGGAUCUACCAAAAAUUUUCAUGAUAAUAAUAAACUUGGAGAGGGGGGUUUCGGUUCAGGAACAACCAAGGACGGUAAGCAAAUAGCAGUGAAAAAAUUGUCUGCAAAGUCUAGGCAAGGUAAAGAAGAAUUUAUGAAUGAAGUGAAGCUUAUGGCCAAUGUUCAACACCUAAACCUUGUGAAGCUAUUUGGAUGUUACGUUGAGGGAGAUGAAAGGUUGAUUGUCUAUGAGUAUCUACCCAACAAGAGCCUUGACACCUUUCUUUUUGAUCCAAAAAAGCGUAGACUGUUAGAUUUGAAAAAGCGGUAUAACAUUAUCAUUGGAGUGGCUUGUGGCCUUCUCUAUCUGCAUGAAGAUACACAGAUGAAAAUCAUUCACAAAGACAUUAAAGCAAAUAAUAUUUUGCUUGACGACAAACUUCAUCCAAAGAUAGCUGACUUUGGCCUCGCUAAGCUUUUUGGGGAUGAUGAGUCGUAUGCACAAACCAGAGUUGCAGACACAUAG